CACUGCGCUGAUCAUUUGUGGCCAGCCUGCUUGAGUUUCUCGGCCAUUUGUAUUUGUUUUGUUGCCUUUUAGGUGUGAAUUAGGAGUUGUUAAAAUGCCCGCUGAGCUCUCGGGGGUAAAUUUAUUACGAGUUUGUGCGGUGCUGUCGGACUGUACUGAUCAGCUGGCAGUGUUGGGUCACAUCAUGCCCGAUGGUUACAGAGGUCGUGCCCGGGCUGAUACAAUUGCGCCAGGGUACAUUGGCUUGGUUCUGGAGCAGCAGAAGGCCACCGAGUUUCAUCUGAAGGCUGUUUGUGAAGGACAGGUGAAAGGUGCUGUGUCCGAGGCCACGCAGGAGCUCCUGAGAUCUCACUUGGUACUGGAACACAGUCUGUUGGAGGAUCCACUUUCUCCGGAUUACUUAAGCAAGUGGCAGAGGGACAGGCAGUUUGCAGCCCAUGUGAUCAAUGAUUUACUGGCUGAGCUAAAGGACAAAAGAACAUUUACCAGCCUGCUGCAGGCAGUGGAGGAAGAGAAGAAGAGAAAAGCUGAUCUACAAGACGCAAUCAUCAGGGAGGAGGAGGGUCGACUCCGAAUCAAGGUGCUGAAAAAGCAGUUAACUGACUGCCGCAAACUAAUGAUACUGGAGCUUCAGAAGCGUGAGGAACUGGUGGCUCAUCUGAAAGAUCAGCUGCAGGACACGAAAAUGAAGACAAGCCAGGAAACGAAUUACAUGAAGCAAAGUGCUGAGCUGCUGGUCUAUCAGGAACAAAAACUCAAUCAUCACCAGGAGAUGGAGAUGGAGAAUAAAUUACAGAUGCUAGAGAAGAAGCUUGAGGAAGAGACAAGGGUGCAAGUGGAGAAGGAAUCAUUUCUUAAAAAGCACCAUACAAGGUUGCAGGAAAAGUUUGAGUACUGGUUAAAGCGCUAUGAAAAAGAUAUUGAGGACAAACAGCAGGAACUUCAUUCUUUAAAGAUGAACAAAACCAACAACUUGGCACAGCUACAGGAUCUUGCUAGGAAGUACAGAGAGAGUGAGCAGGUCAUUAUUGAUGACAGACUGGAGAAGGAGAACCUGCGCAACCAGCUGGAGAGAGAGCAGCUGGAGAGAAACGCAGCAACUAAGAUUCAGUCAUGGUGGAGAGGAACUCUGGUGAGGAAAGGUCUGGGCGCAUUUAAAAAGAACAAGAAAGCCAAACCUAAAAAGGAGAGUAAAAAAGCAAAGAAGAAGUGAGAUGUUCUCAUAAUAAAGGUUUCACUUUAUACAAAAGCACUUCAGCACAA